AGUUUUUAAAGUCCUUGUCCUGGCGCCCGAUUGACGCAGUUUCAGUAGUGCGAGGCAAUAGAUAGGGAGAGAAGCGAUUUCUGCGACACGGGAGAAAAGUUCUCAGGAUUCGCUGCCCGUAUAAUUAUCCUCUUGCUUGGGGACUUUCUGGUACUCUAGCUCUGCAGGGAUUUUUAAGGGGUGAAUUUUUUUCCUUGACGCGGGAUGAGGAUUUUUCUGUUGUUGGCCUUCGUGGCCGUAGUGAGGGGCGCAUCUCUUCCUUGGAGUGUGGUACCUUGGGAGGAAUGGGAUGUCGAUCUUGGGAUCACCGGACCUGAGGUGUCGAUGCCCUCGCCUUCCGAUUCACCCAAUGUUUGCUCUGGCUUCAGAAGAGAUGGCAGUUCCAUCAAGGUUUGCUGUGAGGGAUAUACUGGCACAGUUGAAGAUGGCUGCCCAACACCUGUGUGCGACUCUCCAUGCCUCAACGGAGGGACAUGUGCUGCACCAAACCAUUGCAUAUGCCCCAAGGCGUACACAGGCCAGACAUGUGACACCUUGAAGAGGGAAUUUGUCUGGAGUAGUUGGGCAAACGUGAACCAAAAACCCCUCCUGGAUAGCUUCCAGAUGACUUUGAACCUGUAUCACAUCCGAGAUGAGGUUGAAGCAUGUAAGAACGUCGUCCCUGAAGACAUUGAGUGUCGCACCCGAGAAAACCACAUGGAUCACACCCAAACAGGCCAGGUAGUAACCUGCGACCGUCGCUCGGGUUUUAAAUGUCGGAAUGAUGAACAGCCCUAUGGGGAGCCCUGUCUGGACUACGAGGUCCGAAUUCUUUGCCCAGUCAAGGACCAGGUGACCAAGCGUGGUUUCACUUGCAUUCAUGAAACUCUAGAGUACAAUGUGGGUGAGGUUGUGAAAGAGGGCGAUUGCUCAGCUUGCGAGUGUCAGUCAGAUGGACGCUGGAAUUGCCACAGAGACAACCAUUUCUGUGACACUCCAAUCUCCACCACCCCAGCACCAAUGUUUCCUUGGCUUCCAUCAGGAGUAAGAACUGGUCAGUGUGUUGUAGGUGAGAGAGUCUUUAACCACGGAGAUACUACCACCCUGGAUUGCAAGAUGUGCACAUGUGAUACGACUACUGGCUGGUCUUGUGUCAACAUCGACGACCACACUUGUGUAGCUCCCCCUGAGGAUGACUACUGUAGAAUCGACAAUCAUUUCAUCUUCUUCCAUGGCCAGACAGCCAAGAAAGAUUGUAACACAUGCAUCUGCAAGAACAGAGAAUGGGAUUGUACGCAGAUGAUUUGCCCAGACAAAACCAACAAGGCGGCAUACUUCCACAAGUGCACCAAUCCGUUGACCAAUGAACGCCAUAACGACGGCGAGAUCAUCAAGCGAGACUGUAAUGUCUGCGUCUGCACCCAAGGUAAAUGGGACUGCACUCGUGACCCCUGUGUGGAGGGUACAUCUCUUGAAAGUGAAUACAGCCUGGCGAACAGGAAAGUGUGCACCACACCCACAGGCCUUCCCUUCCCUCACGGUGCUACCAUCAGCCAGGACUGCAAUGCAUGUAAGUGUUUUGAUGGCAAGUGGCAGUGCACCCGUCGAUAUUGUUCUCCAGAGACCUAUCCUAACUCCACCUGCCUGGACGAUGUGACCAUUUCAUUGGUCAAGAGUGGUCAGACCAUCCGACGGGGAUGUGAUGUCUGCGUUUGUAAUGGUGGGAACCUGACAUGCACCACUAAGCCUUGUGAAACUAACAACGGGAUGUGCUUUGAUGAGCAGCGUCGUUUUGUCACCACCUCCACUUCCUUCAACCGUCAGUACCGCCCUGCCUGCAACCCAGAUGGUACCUUCCGUCCCAUCCAGUGCAACCCUGUGCAUGGGGUAUGCUUCUGUGUCACCACCCUCGGCCAGGUGAUACCAGGAACCGCUGUCAAGCAGGAUACCGGCUCACCCAAUUGCUCACCAUACACCACGGGUAAUGCGUGGAGCUUUAUGGCUGUAUACGAACCAAUGGACGUUCCCCAAACCAACACACAAACAGGCAGCGACCCCUGCAUUGAGACCACCAGGAACACCGACACCCACCUGACUGGCUACAACACCCCCAAGUGUUUGCGCAAUGGGUUCUUUGCACCCAUGCAGUGCGACCUCCACACUGGGGUGUGCUACUGUGUCACCAUGGAAGGAGCCACCAUCCCGGGCACUGUGAUGCACGUCUCCCAAGGACGGCCCAACUGCGACGUGAUUAGAGAGGAUGUACAUGAUGUAACCACUGAGGAUAUGACCCCAUGCCAGCAGGAGAGAGCCACGGCAGAGCAUUACAAGCUCCCCUUUGUGCCUGAAUGCAACCAGCUUGGUUACUACCAACCCAUCCAGGUCAACACGAUGCUCGGCGUUCGCUUCUGCGUGGACACAAAUGGCGUUGUCAUCCCACACACCAUCACCAAAUCUAGCAACUUGCACUGCGACAACAUCGUUGACAGCGAGGAUGUUGAGCCAUACACCAACAAAGUUGAUGAGAAUCAUGCUCCGCUGAUCUUCCAGACUUAUCCUAUCAAGGAUGCCAUCCACAAGACCCCACGUUGUAAGCUCCAGCGUCUGUCCUCCCAGUUUGUCUCCACUGUCUACCGUCCAACCUGUUUGAGUGAUGGCCGGUACACACCCAUGCAAUGCCCAGAAGGAGUUGGUGUAUGCUUCUGCGUAGACGUCACUGGUGCCAUCAUACCUGAGACAGUGAGCCGUUCUGGAAACACACCAAACUGCAACGACUACAGGAGCAUCUUUGAUGUGGUGACACCUAUGAAUACCAGCACCGUCAUCAUCCAUCCUGAUGUCUCACUCAUCCACACUGGUUGGGAGCUUAAGCUGAGGGAAAUUGAUCAUCCAACUCACGUGGUUGGACCGCAGUACCAGUCGACCACAACUCCCCAAGUGCUCAAAACAAACGUCACUACCUGUAUCCGCCAGCAGCAGAUUGCUAGCAUGGUGCCUGGCGUCUUCUAUCCCUCAUGUCACCGUAAUGGAACCUUCAACACGAUGCAGCACACCCCGCUCAACUCCAAGGUAUACUGUGUGGACAAGAACGGCGUCAAGAUUGAAUUAACCGAGAGGCGCAUGGACGUGCACCUAACCCUGCCCGAGUGCAAUAAGUACUGGAAUACUACUAUAGAAAUCAACUCGUUGAACAAGCAUUGGACCAGCACACAUCAGGAUGUCAUGACAACCACUCCAAUCCCAUUGGAUAAACUUUUCCCUGCUGGAUUGCAUCAUCAUCCCAACUGCACCAGGCAGCAGGAGAUCACGAGUCGCCUGGAGGGCGCUGUUGUCCCGACCUGUGAGCCCAAUGGCACUUACACGCCGCUACAGUGUAAUGCUACCACCGGCGUAUGCUACUGCAUUCUGCCGUACGGCGACGUGCUGCCCGAGACCGUGCUGCCCAUGGUGAAGGGAACACCCAACUGCUGGCACCUCAGGAAUGCUUCUAUUCAGCACUCAACAACCCCAGUGCCUGAUGUGUGCCGUUUGCCCAUCUCCAGAGGCCCCUGCCUAGCUCGUUUCCCCCGCUGGGCCUACAGCACGCUUCUCAACAAGUGCCACUUGUUCGUCUAUGGUGGUUGCCGUGGCAACGACAACCGGUUUGAAACCAAGGAGGAGUGUGAAAACACAUGUGGAUAUAUGACUCCCAGGGAUUCCCGCCCUGUGACUUGCAGUAGGAAGCUCAAUCGCUUCUAUCGCAUGAGUUUGACCCAGCGUCUUAGAAUGAAGCGUCCCACAUGCACUCCUGAUGGCAACUACGCACCCAAGCAGUGUCACCUGACACGGACUGAGCGAGGACUGAUUGAGAGUGUAUGUGAGUGCAUACACAGGAUAACAGGUGAACCCCAGGUUUGCCCUGAAGAGGAGGUCAUGGUCAACCCUGAAUUUAUCGACACCAUUGGUGUCUCCACAACUCUUGCUCCCGUUCCAGUCAUCGAUGGUUGCUUGCAUGAAAGAGUGGAGUACCACGAGGGAGAUAACUUCUUUCAGGAGUGCAAUCAGUGCCGCUGUCUUGGUAACAACGAGGCAAUAUGCACCCUAAAGUACUGUCCUCCUGAGAAUUGUUAUGUUAACGGACAGGUAGCUGUGGAGAAGGAUCAGGGAUGCGAGCAUUGUACUUGCAUGGGAGGACAAUGGGACUGUGAGCCUAUGGCUAACUGUGACACCGAUCCUGGACCCAUGUCAGAAUCUGGGACCUCCACUCAUUGUGUGAUGGAAGAUGGCACAAGCAUGACUGUUGGGUCAUCGUUCUAUAACAAAUGCAAUAAGUGUACUUGCCUGUCUACUGGUGUGGUGUCAUGCCAGAACAACUACUGUAUCCCUCGACACUGUUACGAGAGAGGCAUUCCAUACCACACUGAAGACACAAUUAUGAGAGAUUGCAACAGAUGCACUUGUUUCAGCGGCCAGUGGCAAUGCCAGGAAUACACCUGUGAUCCCUACAUCAGGACCAUGGUUCGUGUGGAGGGUUGCCAAUACAAGGAAAAGACCUAUUCCAAUGACGAGACCUUUUAUGAUGUUUGCAACUUGUGCCGUUGCCUUGGCAACAAUCAGACAAGCUGCAACAGGAGAUUCUGUAACCCAACUAGCUGCUACGUGAAGGAGGUAGAGAUCAGAAAUGGAGAAUCAGAGAUCUUUGAAUGCAAAACAUGCUCUUGCAUCAACGGACUCUUGGAUUGCCACGAGGAUGAGGAAUGUCUGAACGUGAUGGUUGACCCCGUUCCUGAAGUCAACAGAGACACCUCUGUAACAUGUAACUUUGAAGGCAAGACCUACACUAAUGGAGAUGAGUUCUUUAAACAGUGCCAACCAUGUCGCUGUUUUGAUGAUGGACAGGUCCAGUGUGAAGAGAAAGCUUGCUCACCAAAUCUCUGCUACAUGGAGGGAGUGGGUUAUCGUAGCGGCAAGGUUCUACUAACUGACAUUCAUAAGUGUACUUGCUACCGUGGUGGACACUGGGAUUGCCAAGAUAAACCUGCAGAUGCUGGCCCUCCCGAAGUCAUUGAGUGCCUCGACCACCAGCCUGUCACUGUCUGCGCCACCAACCCUUGUAAUCAUGUCAUCUGCCCGACCAACCGUGACGCUAUUUGCAUUCCUGACCCCUGCAACCAUCAAUGCCAUCCGGCAUUCUUUGACAUCUACGGCAACCGGCUCCGUUGCUAAACAGGAUUGAUUAUUCAUCACUAAUUGGCGGGCUGUCCGAACCAGCAAGGAAAGUACGAGUGAUGACCCGUUUGAUUCCAAUGAAUACGUUGCCAGGACACUAAAGUAGAUUAUUCAUUAUUUGACUGAGUGCCUUACAUGGAAACUGACAUGUAUUAGUUUUAUUACAGCUGUAGAUCUCAAAAACGUUUCAGUUCAUGUAGUAUCCCUAAUGCAGCGCUGUUAUUCUAGUUACAUCUGUAGGUUUCUUCUGUUUGCUGAUUGUUUUCUUUAAAAAAAAACUCUGUAGAGACACUUGGUUUCUUUCUUCAGUCAUCCAUAUUCUCUGUAUUGACUAUCAUCAAGCAAAAAUAUGAUUCACACUGUAAUAAUGAGUCACAAGUCACCAGAGUUGUAGGCCUUUAAAAGAAUCUUGCAUUGUAUUUAGCAAUUGAAAGUCUCAACAUUUUACGUCCAAAUGAACCUAUUUCCUCAGGAUGUGAAACUCCAAGAUAUAUCCCCUCAAAAAGCUUGAGUUCCUCUUUCUCGUGCAAACUGAAACAUCUCUGGGAGAAUGGCCUUAGGACUCAUUUUUACAAAGCAAGGUCACCAAUUGUUGAAAUAUUUCCUAUCACCAUCCCCCAAAUUGAAAUCUGUUUGACGUACUGUAUAGUAUUGCUACAUGCUCAUUGUGUUCUCUGUAAUACUCACUGCUUUCUGUUUAAUACCAUAACCUCUAGCACUAUUUCUGCAGACAGACAAUGAAUUUUAAAUGACAAUUAGUAGUUUUAAGACUGUCAUUUUACCGGAUUAAUAAGAUCAGAUGCCUUAAUAUUUUAGGGUGUUUCUACAGAAGUAGAUCAAAGUUUGAACAGCAUAGGUGUGAGAGCCAGAAAUUGUAAGAUUUUGGUUUCUUGGCAACAGCUUCUCUCCAUUUUUUUUUUUUACUGUUUGGAUAUAAGGAGAAUUUUUUAAAAAUCUUUUAUGCUCCAAAAAAAAUCUCAAAAACUCCUAGCCUUGUCACCCUUCUGAUUUGGGGAUACAAAUUGCAAAAAAAAAAGGAUUUUGUGUUUCAAGAAAAACAAUGGGUUGAAACAAUUUUGCUUUAUCUCAUUGUGUACAAUUAAAAACAUAUGACACACAGUUUAUCCACGUUCUUACUCCACAAAAUGUCUGUGCACAUUAUCUGUAUCAUGCAUAUGAAAGUUUAUUUGCUUACUUAAUAUGCACACACCAGUAUUAAGUCAAUGAUGUUAUUUUGUAAGGUGUCUGUGUUUUUUUUGUAUGUUUCAUGAAGUGAUAUUAACGUCCUGGCUAAUUAUAAUAAAUUUGCAUGCAUAAAUAAUCAUA